AUGGCGGAGGAGCGCGUGCAGGCUCUAGAGCAGCAGAUGAUGGCGAUGACCCAGGAGCUGCAGAACCGCCAGCAGAGGGAGAACGAUCUCACGGCCGAGGUGCAGCGGCUCGGCCGUAUGACCGAGGCUCGACCACGGCCUCGAGCCGAGUCGCUCGUGGACACUCGCACGCUGGGCAAGCCGGAUGUGUUCACGGGCGAGGAACAUAAGUGGAACGAUUGGAAGGUGAUCUUCAAGGCGUACUGUGGCGUUGUGAACGCCGACUUGCUGGCAGGGAUGCGACUGGCAGAGAGCGCUGACGAGACCUCAGUUCAGAACGAUGACUUCCUCGAGGAGAAUAUGAGGCAGGCCUCGCAGCAGCUGUAUUACAUCUUGCUCCUCCUCUGCCGGCAGCACCCUCUGACGACGAUCGUGAACGCUGGCGAGAAUGAGGGCUUCCAGGCUUGGCGCAAGCUGGUCGAAUACUACGAACCGAAUGCGAGGUCCCGCAUCGCGGGGCAGCUGCUGAACCUCCUGAACUUCUCGUUCACUGGCGAUGUCGAGGACCGGCUGGCGCUGUUCGAGCGAGAGCUCCUCAGGUACGAGCAGAGGAGCGGCGAGGCCAUCACAGCCUCUAUGAGGAUCGGCAUCGUCCUUCGGCAGCUCGAGGAAGGCCCUCUACGCCAGCACCUCUUGCUCAAUGCGACCAGGCUGGUGGAGUGGCAGGACUGCCGACGUGAGGUCACCGACAUCCGCCGUGCCCAGAGCGCCAUCGCCCCGGUGCCCGUGCCCAUGGAUCUGAAUGCCAAGCACAGGGGGGCGUUGGCGAGCAUGGAGCAGACGCUGGCUCGCAUCAACGCCUCCCAGUCGACGAGUACGACUGUGCCAUCGGCGGCCAGCUCUAUCUCGACGGCUGCGACUGCGAGGCUGAGUCCGGCGGCGGCGAUGUCCGGCACGAGCUCUCGACAGGUCGCAGCACUCUACCUGAACGACGCGGACGAGCAGGUCAGCUACCCGUUCGCGAACCUCCACUCCCUCAUCAUUCACGACCCGGGGCCGGACAAGGCGGACGUGGUCGACUCUGCGACCGGCGCGGCCCUGGACCUGAACAUGAUCCACGGCAACUCGGAUGCGGAGGAGGUCGAGCUCAACGGCAUCUUGCGUGUGGGCAUCGAUUCGUGUGCGGCGGCAUCGGGCGGCCAGGCGAUCUCGUGCAAGACCGCCUCUGGCCACUACGUGAACGACGAGGGCGAGAAGAUCCUCGUGGGGGCGAUGCCUGGGGCGUCCCAGGCACGCGCUGCCAAGUUCAGGGUGGCGGACAUCAGCAAGCCGUUGCUGAGCGUCGCGGAGAUGGUCGACUCUGGCCAUCGGCUCGUCUUCGACUCGGAGGGCGGGCAGGACAUUAGCUACGCGUACCACAAGACCAGCGGAGACGUUGUCAAGUUCUGCCGCAGGAACAAGGUCUACGAGAUGGACAUGCACGUCGACCCGUGCGUGCCGGAGGUCUGCCCAGUCGAGGUGGCAGGCCGCGAGCCUCCCGAGGGUGAAGCCGGCCAGCCAGGCGCGGCUCACGAGGAGGUCGCGGAGGGCCCGCCGGUACGGCCGGCGAGGGAGCCCGCAGCGCCGACGGCGGCCGAGCGAGCCGCGCACGAGGUGCUGCACGAGCCCUACAGGGCAUGGUGCCGGGAGUGCGUCUCCGGCAGAGGCCUGUCCGCAGGCCAUCAGACGAAGGACCGCCAGGAGUCGGCGCUCGCGGUGGUUGGCAUCGACUACGGCUACCUCGGUGAACGAGAGGACGCCGCGCCGCUGCUGAUCGGGAAAGAUUCGAAGCAGCGUUGGUUCCACGCGUCGGUGGUUCCGCAGCAUCCCUGGCCGGCAAAGUCGUGGUCCAGGAGGCUGGCAUCGGCUGGCCGCAAGCGCUUCGUCUUCCGCUCAGACGGCGAGGCGCCGCUCGUCACCCUGAAGACCCGCAUCGGGGCCAAGCUCAAGGAGGAGUGCGGCAUCGAGACGGUGCCCGAGGAGAGCGCGGUCGGCGACUCUCAGGGCAACGGCCUGGCCAAGCACGCGGUGCGCGAGGUCAAGGCCAAGGUGAGGACGGUGCGGGCGCAGGUGGACGACCUCCACGGCGUGAGCAUUGGCGUCGAGCACCCAGUGACCCCGUGGAUGGUCGAGUUCGCAGGCAUGUCCAUCAACCUGGGCAGGCGGGGCGCUGACGGCCGCGCGGCUUGGGAGCUUCGGCGCGGCCGCCCCUUCAACAAGGAUCUGGCUUGCUUCUCGGAGAAGGUCCUGUAUCUCCCAGGGGGCAAGCGCAAGGCCGGGAUCGAGGACAAUUUCCUCGCUGGGCUCUACCUGGGGCCCGCGCUUCGGACGGACGAGGUCUACAUUGGCACGGAGUUGGGCGCACUGCGGGCCAGGACCUUCAAGCGGUUGACGGUCGAGCAGCGGGCUGACAAGGCCCUGCUGAACAGCCUCGUGGGGGAGCCGUGGGCGCCGGUGCCGACGGACAUGGAGGUGGACGAAGUACCGGUGGCCAUCGAGAUCCGAGCACCGGUGCCGGCGCCGGCUGGGGACCUCCCGCCCCGAGCUCCCCGAGUCGGGCGACCACCGGCGGGGCCGCGAGCCGUCUACAUCAGGAAGGACGUUGAGAUCGCGAAGUACGGGAUCUCCCCGGGCUGCCACGGCUGCGCCGCGAUCCUCAACGGCGCCUGGGCGCAGGCUCACUCAGCCGAGCGCCGCGCUCGGAUCGAGCAGGCGAUGCAGGACGACGAGGAGGCAAAGCAGAGGUUCGAGGAUGCCCGUGAGCGGAAGCGGCGUCGCACUGACGUCGCCGGUCCUGUCUAUCAAGAGGGCGGCUCGUCCGGCAGUGGCGGUCCAGCCCCAGCUCAGCAGGGGGAGAUCGGUGCCCUCCUGCUCUCCCUCGGCUACAGCGGGCGCAAGGCCGACGUGAUGGAGGUCCUCUGCCCGAAUAGGCUUGUGGGCUUUGCCCCCCUCUUCGGUCUGGUCCACGGCGGCUCGUUCGACCUGAGGGUUGGCUGGGGCCUGACCGACCGCCAGCAGCAGCGACAGUGCCGGGAGCUGAUCGAGCACUUCGAGGUGUACUUCCUCUUGGGCAGUCCUCGCUGCGCGCCGUUCUCCAUGCUGAAGUACCUGAACGAGGACACGGAGAAGCAGCGUGAGGCUUGCGCCAUCGGGUACGAGCACUUGAGGUUCGUGAUGGAGCUCUACACGCUGCAGGUGAAGCACGACCGCACGUUCUUGCACGAGCACCCCUGGAACGCGGACAGCUGGGACCUCGACGUCGUGAAGGAUGUGAUGGCUCUCCCGGGUGUCGAGGUCGGGCGAGGCGACCAGUGCGUGUUCGGCCUGGUGGUUGCGGACGCGCACGGCGACAGGCUCGCCAAGAAGCCGACAGGAUGGAUGAGUAAUCACAAGGAGGUGUUGGAUGAGGUCUGCAAGCGCUGCCCCAAUGAUACUGGCAUUGGCAGCCGCCACGAGCAUUCCACCUUCGUCGGCCGCAACAUGCGUGUGGCGGAGAGGUGCCCGGUCAAGCUCCUCCGUGCCAUCCUCCGUGGCCUCCGCCGUCACCAUGGGAACAAGAAGGUGCUCGCGCUUUCGGCCCUGGAUGCUGGGCCGAACGUGGACGAUGAGGAGAUCAGCCUGAAGGACUUCGUCGGGAAGUGGCGCGACACGCUUAGGACCGAGUUCUACGACGACCUCACCGGCCUCACGCUGGACCCCGCGCGGGUGAAAGCCGCGAGGCGCCUGGAGAUGGAUUUCAUGGCGCAGCUUGGCGUGUGGGUCUACGCGAGGGAGGAGGACUGUCAGCGCGAGCUUGGACGGAGGCCUCUCAGUGGCCGCGUGCUGCGCUUCCUGGACAUCUCGCGGGCACACCCGCACUGCGAGAUCAAGAGGACGGUCUACAUCAAGCUUCCAGAGGAGGAUCCGAUGUCGCAGGAGAUCGGUACGUGUGGGCUCUUGCGGAUGGCGCUCUACGGGACGCGCGACGCUGGCCAGAACUUCGAGCUCACGACUGCCGAGACGGUCAUCGGUGCUGGCUGUGACCAGUCGGCCUUCUCGCCUUGCGUGUACUGCCACAAGGACCUUCAGGUGAGCUUCUUCCACCACGGCGACGACUUCGUGCUCGAGGGCUCUCGGGGCGGGACGGAGCCGAUCUGCGAGGCUCUGAAGACAAAGUUCAUCGUGAAGGACAGGGGCGUGCUCGGGCCGGCGCCUACCGACGCGAAGGAGAUCACGUGCCUCAACAGGGUAGUGCGCUGGCGAGACCGAUGGUGCCAAGGGGGCGAGGCCAUCGAGUACGAGGCGGAUCCCAGGCACGCGCAGAUCUUGCACGCACAGCUCGGAAUGGACCCCCGCGCUACGAAGUCAUUGAGCACGCCAGGGCUGAGCCAGAAGCUGACGCGUGAGGUCGAGCGCGAGCUGAACGAGCACGAGGCGGCAGAGUACCGUAGUGCGUGCAUGAGGCUGGGCUACUUGGCGCUCGACCGGCCAGAGGUGCAGUUCGCUGCCAAGGAGUGCGCUCGCGGCAUGCAGAAGCCGACGGAGCGACACCUCCGCCUCCUGAAUCGCGCUGGGCGCUUCUUGAUCGGGGCGCCGCGGGCCAUCUGGAAGUGGGGCCGACAGCGGGCACCCACAGUGAUGGACAUCUACUCGGACACAGAUUGGGCAGGCUGCCCGAUCACGCGGAGAAGCACCAGCUCAGUCGUGAUCAAACAUGGGCAGCACCUGAUCGUGACGGCAUCGACGACUCAGAUCCCCAUCUCCAUGAGUUCGGGGGAGGCUGAGUUCUACGGCUGUGUGCGAGCGGCCAGCAGGGCCAUCGGCAUGCAGUCACUGUGCCAGGGCCUAGGCAGGGACGUGAGCCUUCGCAUCUGGAGCGACUCGGCAGCUGCUCUUGGCAUCAUGCAACGACGAGGCUGCGGCAAAGUCCGACACCUCGAGACUCCGACGCUGUGGGUGCAGAAGGCACUCAAGGACGGACGGUUUCAGUUGGCCAAGGUUCCCGGGAAGUCGAACCCGGCGGACCUGGGGGCGAAGUUCCUCGACCAGGCAGCGAUGCUCCGAGGGCUGAAGAUGAUGAAUGUCGAGCUCUCGGACGCGCCUCUCUCGAGUGCCCUUCAGGCGAAGGUCUGA